GUCACCUCAUCGAUCAUCGAUCGGGUAAUGAUGCAGGCGCCGAUGAAGGAACGUUGUGUAUAUGUCGCAGUGCACGGAGGGGCAGGAUAUCAUGGAGUUGCGUCAGAACAAGUUGUCAAGAGUGCUUUGAAACGUGCUUGUGCUCGAGCUUUGCGGGGAUCACCACUAGAUGACUCCUCUGCCCUUUCGGUUGUAGAGCGAGCCAUAGCUGUUCUUGAGGAUGAUGAAUACCUCAACGCAGGUUAUGGUUCCAAUCUCACAAUCGACGGCACUGUAGAAUGUGAUGCGGCUGUCAUGGACGGCUUGUCGGGAGAUUUUGGCAGCGUUGGUGCUGUUCCAGGACUAAAAAAUCCAAUAAAACUGGCAUCGGCAUUGUUGAGGCACUCUAGAGAACCUGACCCUCUUGGGCGCAUCCGCCCCAUGACUCUGGUCGCAUCCGGAGCACACUCGUUUGCAUUAUCGCAAGGUAUCCAAACCGUUGCUCCAAAUGAAAUGAUAUCACCGCGAGCGACACACGAGUGGCAGAAGUGGAAAUCGCGACUGGAUCACUCCGCUGAUGGCGACCCAGGGAGUUUGCCUCAAGACGCUAUGCAGGACACGGUUGGCGCGGUAGCCUGGGAUGAUGAAGGCAAUCUCGCUGCUGGUGUUUCAAGUGGUGGGCUGCUUCUAAAAUAUUCUGGUCGUAUCGGCGAAGCAGCUACCUUUGGAGCCGGGUGUUGGGCGCAGCAGUCGCGCACUGAACGUUCUGGGAUGGCAUGCAGUAUUUCUGGAGCAGGGGAGCACAUAAUGCGAGGCGGACUGGCCCGUGUGCUUGGCGAAGCCUUACAGUCCCAGCAAUCAGAUGAUGGCGAGCUUGACACCCACCACGUAUUGCUUCGAAUAUUAAAUCAGCAAUUUACUGAACCAUUGCAUCAACGAGGGGAGCAGAUGCCGAAUGCAGGAGUUUUGCUGUUAACCAAAGAACAAGGCGAAGAUGAUGAAGUAGUGCGCAAGUCAUCCGCAUAGUAUCUUAUUUGUUCGCCAGACAUAUUUAUUGCACAGCAAGGUUAUGGUGCGCGUUCACUACAGAAAGCAUGGCGGUCGCGUACGCAAACACCACCAAACGCUCACCUAAGGUAAUACUGGCAUACAAAAAUGACGGGUUGCUGAUUAUGACCAUGUGCAGGCAUCCAUUUUGCGUCGUCCAGCAUUGACUGACUCUGCCGUAAAUGCAGACAAGUCGUCAGUGUUCAUAACUGCACUGUCCAUUCACCGGUAGCAUCGUCCAGUGUGGUGCACUGUUUUUUAGAACUAAACUAGCUAUUGGAUCUUCA